AUGGCCAAAGGUACGAAGCAGUUCAUUCGGCCAUUGAGGCGCAGCUUGUUGCGGGUGCGCGCAAUUUUCUGCAAUCCGAAGCCGUUGGUGCAGGAUCUGCGACGCGUGUCGGACAGAUCUAACGAGAGGAUCCUCUCAUGGCGUGAGCUUCUGAAGGAAAGCUCCCAUGCCAUAGACUCGCUGGGCGGUGCCCUAGCUCAAACGCAGACAGCAGUGCAGGAACUGCAUGCCACCCGCGUACAGCACCAUGAUGUGGAGUCCGCCGUGCGCCAGAAGGGCGAGGAGCUGGAGUGCCUUCAUAGACUCACAGAGCAAAGCAUGGACAAGCUCUGUCACCGAGUAGAGGAGCACGUGUCCGAAGUUCAGCGCCUUAUUAUAGAGAUCAGCCGACAAACCGACGAGAGAAUUGAAGACCACAGCAACCAGGUUGCAAAGAUGGUCGAGGGGCAUAUGAACCCCCUCAAUGCUUAUCUGAAUACUAUGCAUGUCAAGACUGAUGUCAUGAGAGUCGAUAUUGACAAGCUCAGGGACCAGGCUCCGCGGUUGGUUUCCAAGAUUGAGGAGAUUCUCUCUAGACUGGCCGAAGUGGACAAGGAGCACAAGUUCAAAGGUUCAGAGCUGGAUGCAGCUGUUGACGGAUUGUCAAACCAGAUGGCGGCACACGCCACGCGUCAUGACGAGCAGCAUGCUGGUUUGAGCACGCUACUCAAGGACAUGUCCGACAGCCUGGAUGCACGAAUUGCAGACAUACGGACCUGUGCCGAAAGCACUGCAGAGUCUCUGGAGAUGGUGAAGCGUGAGGAUUUGAGUGGUUUGGCAAGAGAACUUCUGACCCUUGAUCAGAAGGUUGCCAAAUGGGUGCAUGCUACCCCCUUGCCAGCAAAGAUCAGUGAGGCUCGCCUCUACUCCCUGGAAGCUCGUCUUGCAGAUGAGAUGGAUGCAAGGCUUGCCCUCGAGAACAAGGUUCGGAGGCACCAGCUGACCCCGCGAAAUACUACUGAAGACUCGGACCUGGUGCCACGCCAUGCUUUGCUGAGCACACUUUUUUACACAUUCAAGCGAACAUCGUGUAGCUUCAAGACAGACUGUUUCAGAGCAAUACAAGGCACUGAGCUUCAACCUUGCAAAGUUCAGGCAUCCCAGCAACCAUGCCUGUAA